AAUGAAAACUCUUGUGAAGGUAUAUCUCUUAUGCCACAAGCAUAAGUAUGAAUUGGUCUUAAAUUUAUAGCAUAAAUAUUGUAUUGUGUGUUAUCUACACAUGUACUUAAGUUGCGAAUUGAUUUAUUUAAUUUUUAUUUGAAACUUAGUUUAUCUGUAAGAAUCAAGAAACUUUUAAAAUUCUUGAGGAAGCCUUCAUUGGUCAGUGAAGAGAUGAAACCAACAAAAACUUUUUAUUGAAAGUUUCUGUAAUUCUUCCCAUGAUUUACAUUGUUUAACGGGGUUAAAAAACUGAAAUUUCAGCAUGAGUUGCUCUGACCAAGACAUACUAAGCCAACACUUCCAAGAUGCAAUAGAAGUUUUACAGCAACACUCAGACCUUCAGCAGCAGCAACAGCCUGAUGUCUGCUACAGUUUUGAAAAUUUCCAGCAGAUGCAGUCUCGAACCAGUGUCAACUGUUACAACUCCAUGUCUGUGUAUGAGGAACAAACAUCCAGCUGGACAGAGAUACCGAACUGGGUUCACACAAUUGCAGAUGGCCCUCCAGUAUACAACUUUAACAGCUGCCAGGAAAAUCAACUUGUGUAUUCUGUUUUACAUUCCCAACGAAGUGGAAAAGGUAGAAAAAAACUGCGGCUCUAUGAAUACCUCCAUGAAGCACUGUGUGACUCAAAUAUGUCUGAUUCAAUACAGUGGGUGGACAAAAGUAAUGGCACUUUUCAAUUUGUGUCAAAAAACAAAGAGAAGCUGGCAGAACGUUGGGGGAAGAGAAAGGGCAAUCGAAAAACCAUGACUUACCAGAAAAUGGCUCGUGCCUUACGGAACUACAGCAGGACUGGUGAGAUUAUUAAGAUUCGGAGGAAGCUGACUUAUCAGUUUAACCCAGUGAUUUUACAAAGACUAAAUCCCACUCACACACUGGGACGAGAUGGAUUGUUUUACCAGUAUAUACCUACAGACCAUGGAAACUAUGCUGUAGACAACUGGCAAAGUGGUCACAGCCACUACAAUUAUGACUCUCUGCAUGAUCUCAAUUAUUCGGUCAUACACUCAGCUACAUAAUUUUUGUCUGGAAGACAUGAACUAUAAAAAUUAAAGAGAUUCCUAACAGGGUGUUUGACAAUAUGCAAAUAAUAAUACCUUCAAAUGAUGAAGUUUAUCUCACAAAUCACAGUGAAUAAUGGAUUUUGAUCAAAUUUCAAAAUAAACACAUUUGAGGAAUAAAAGACAAAUCAUUUAUAAUACAGUGAAAAUCAUGUCAGGUCCAGAAUUUUUCUGAUUGUAAUCAUCAUUUAAAAUGAUUAAAAAAUGUAAUUUGU